AGAUCUAAGUUCGGAAAAAAUGCCUUGAUUCAUAUUUCUAUAACGAAAAUUGUAUAAUAGAUGUGUUUGUUGAAUAAUUAAAUACCUUUUCUAGAUAAAUUUUUCAAAUUCUGAAAAAUUAUAUUCUUCCCAUCAGCUGCACCUGCAUAUUUCCUAUGCUUGUGUUUGUGUUUGGUGCUUUGUGCUUUGCUGUUUGGUGUUAUAAGUCUGUGUUUCUGGGCUUGUGUGGUAGUCUAUUUGGGUUUAGGUUCGUUUUCUAAUUUUUAUUUUAAUACUUGUUGGUUGGUGUUUUGGUGAAUUUGUUAAUUUUUAAUAAGAAUGUCUGGUAUAGCUAUUGCGAGAUUAGCUGAAGAGCGGAAAGGCUGGAGGAAAGAUCAUCCAUUCGGAUUUGUAGCUAGACCAGCUAAGAACCCAGAUGGAUCAUUAAACCUGAUGAACUGGGAGUGUGCUAUCCCAGGAAAGAAAGGCACACCCUGGGAAGGUGGCUCAUAUAAACUCCGAAUGAUUUUCAAGGAUGACUACCCGUCUAGUCCUCCCAAAUGCAAAUUUGAGCCACCUCUUUUCCAUCCCAACGUAUAUCCUUCAGGUACCGUUUGUCUCUCAUUACUUGACGAGGAAAAAGACUGGCGACCAGCCAUUACGAUCAAAUUAAUUCUGCUUGGUAUACAAGACCUUCUAAACGAGCCCAAUAUCAAGGACCCUGCUCAAGCAGAAGCAUACACUAUUUAUUGUCAGAAUCGUCUCGAAUACGAGAAAAGAGUUCGAGCGCAAGCUCGUGCUAUGGCUCCUCAGGAAUAGGGAGACCACCUUCCUCCUUGUGGUCACGACCAUAGGCCUACACUCUGGAGGUUCCUGUUGCUUUGAAUAAUUGGUCUAUCGAUGGAAACGUGUCCCAGUCGAGGGCCGCAGAGCCAUCAUCAACUUCAUUUUGUUAAUUCUACAGUUGUGUUAAAUGUGGACAUUUUCGUAUCGACUGAACUAUCUUGGUGAAAUUGCGAUGAUAUCAUUAAGUAAUUAUGCAGUGGGUGUAUGGUAGGAGCAAAACGUGUAUGUAAACGAUUCAGUGAGAUAUUAUUAUUUAGCAUUGAUACUUUUAUAUGAAUAUUUUGUUCAUUAUUUAUAAACCAGAGAACUCAAUAUAUGCCAAUCUUUCAGAUGGAACUCUUCAUGUAUAGUACUUGAGAAUUAAUUUGCAUAUAUACUUACGUAUUAACCGGUGAAAAUUCUAUUAUAAUUAUUUUUUUAAAACUGCUUGAAAACUGAUAGCUAUGUAUCAAAAAAUUGACAUUUUGUAUCAAAACCUUUUAAUGUUCAGUAAUUUCAAUAUCUUUGUAAUUCUAGAAAAUCUUGAGUAACUUAUUCAUUUCGAAUUUUGUUUAUACUUUUACUGGUGCUCCGCGCCUAAUUAAUGUUGCACAUGUUCACUUACAAGAUAGCUGUAAAUGUUGCGAUUGUAUAUUGGUAUAAAAUAAUUUUUCUAUUCAACUUUUUGUAAUUUUUUACUACCAAUCAUAAUCCUUCUGGUGAAUUUUCAGAACCUUAUGAAUCAUUGCCUUAUGAAUGCAGUGAGAGAGACAUUCCACCCUUACAUCGCUACCAUGCCAGCCAUCGUUUAAGGGGUUGAGGUUCUUGUUAUAACUCACGGCCUAUACGUAUGAGUAUCAUGUCGACGGUGAGAGGCGUUCCUUAUAAUGGAACACAACAGACCACAGAACGCUCUCCUCUCUAACAUGGCAACACCACGGCCAUAGAUAGUAUCCCCCCUCGGAUUUGAAAGUAAUAAACUCAUCGUAAUGUGUACGAUAAUAAAUUUAUGAAAUGAUUUGUUCUGCAAGUUCUCUGUUAAAUUUCUUAAUUUGUUCUUAACAACUUCUCUAAUUUGUUCUGCAAACGUUCUGCAAGUCUCUUACAGAACCCUAUCCGGUUACUUUCAUAUAACUUUCUAACAUGUUCAGAAAGCUAUUUAAGAUUCUGAAUACUCAGUUAUGAAAGGCAUUGUUUAUCCCAUAGUAGUCAAUUGUUUAUAAUUAACCAUUACUGAAACAUUUACUUAAGCUGAUUUAGAACAUUGUAUAAUUGUCAAGCAUAAUAAUUAUUGAUGGAAUGAGUAAUACUAUAAAAAAUAUUGCACAUGUUGACAGUAAAAGAAUUGUUUUACAUAUAUAUAUAUAUAUUUAAAACUUAACAAAAUUUACAGUUACAGACAAUUCAUUUCACAAUAAAAAUGGCUCAUAUUUGUAAAAUCCAUAAAAUAUUAUUGAAUAUUAAUUCCAUCCUUAGAGUACACUAGUAUAAAAUAUCUAAUGUAUUCAUGCAAAUCAACUAUCUGAUAAUAUACUUAAGUAGGUUUACUAAUCAUUGUGAACAUAACAUACAAUAUGAAUAUACUUGAAAGAUUAAUAAACAUUUAUAAAAAUAGAACACAGCGAAAAUGAAUAAAGGUGUUCUAAAUUUUCAACUAUCAUAAAAAUGUAAAGUCAUGGUUUCCAAAUUCCAUUUGAAAACAUGUUUUCCAAUGAUCUUUCUACCUUCGUAAAAAAGACUCUGAAUUUUAUUUUUUAUAUUCUCUAAUCUAAUUGAUAUGAAAAAUCUUCAAAUUCGGAGCAGAAACUGUUUGUGCAAGACAGUAGUUGACUUUUGGCCAGUAACUUCAAUCUAUCACAAUAUUCUUACAACAAUAAUAGAACAGUAGUUUAAUAAUAUGUAUUAAAAUAUUAAGUUCUUAUUCGUAGAAUUCCAACUUAUCUAAACGCAUUUUCAAAAUUUAUAAGAAAAUUUAAAAAUUGAUAUCUCAACAUUUCCUUACUAUUAUAUUAUAUUAUUGUUACUAUGGCUUGAUAUGGUAAAAUUUCAACUUGAAUUUUCAAGUAUUAAUAAUAGAUGAAAGAUUCACUUAGCGUAUGGA